UGUGCUUUUUUGAAUGAACUAUUUGGAUUUUUAGGCUUGUUGUCCGACUACUUGGGACGAAGAAAACUAAUUUUAAUCUCCAGUCUUAUCCAUAUAAUUGCUUCCUGGACAGCAUACUUCAGCCAGCAAUAUGCAGUCUUUCUUAUUGCAAGAAUGUUUCUUGGAGGAAGCAUACACUCUGUUUGGGCAGGAUUGUUUAUUCUAGUUCAGGAAACCACCCCAGUACACUACAGGACAUUUACCGGAGGAAUUAUGAACUUUGGAUGGAACGUGGGUGCUCUUAUUCUUUGUGCUUUGGCCUAUUUCAUCAGAGAUUGGAGAAAUUUGCAGCUCUCCUUCGCCAUUUUCUCUUUAACCAUGAUUUCAUACUUCUUCUUCGUUCCGGAAUCUCCCAGAUGGUUGCUGUCCCGAGGACGGAUUGAGGAGGCGAGGUCUGGGCUUAUUAAAGUUGCGAGGAUGAACAAGGUUCAGUUGGAAAACGAGAUUCGCCAUCUUGAGUUUAGCAAUGACGACAUUAAACCGAAUGGAAACUUUAAAGAAGAGUUUUGGAAGCAAUUAUCUCAGUUUUCACAACUAGUGACAUCUCCGCAAUUGAGAACUAGAGUAUUACUGUUAGCUCCAACAUUCUUUGCUGUUGGAAUGGGUUCCUACGGGAUUCAUUUUGCAGCUCGUCUAGCAGAUCUCAACCUAUUCGCUGUCACAGCUGUCAAAGAAAUUGCCAACUUUUUAACCAUCGUCAUUCUUAUUCCAAUCUUUAAAAAGGUCCAACGAACAAGAUGUCUUGCUUUUACCUAUUUUUUGGCAGGAUUUGUAGCAAUUCUUUUCUUAUUAGUUCCUUCUCAUGUAACAGGUAUUCGGGCUGGACUUUUAGUGAUUGCUCAGGCACUCUUUGUGGGAAACUACUUUCUGGUGGAUACUUAUGCACCUGAGAUACUACCUACCCCUGUCAGGUAUAUACUUAUACACCUCUGAGAUACUACCUAGCCC